AUGAAUGCCAAGUAUUGCCCGGAAAUGAAAAGUCAGUGGAAAUCUUAUAGCACUUACAAAUUCAUUUUGUGGGCAUGGAUGAUGAAUGACGUGGCCCUAGUAUUCGCACCAGUUGACAUGUCACACAACGGUUUUUAUAUUCACGGGGUUUUACAUGCCGUACCUGCAAUUAUUAUCGGCAUACCCUUAAUUUACUCGGAAGUUUGUGUGGCUCAAUACAGUAAUUCCAAUGUAAUAACAAUGUGGGAUUUUUUCCCUCUAUUUCGAUGUGUCGGAUACGGAACGAUAUAUUUGGUCAUCCUCAAAACACUUUACAUGAUGGUUCUAACUUCUUGGUAUUUGGAGUACACAUUUUAUGCAGCUUUAGACCCUCCUCCGUGGUUUUCUUGCGAUGAGUUUAAAGAAACGAAAUGCAUGGUUAAGCGAAUCAACGUUUCCAUAUUUCAACAUUGCAUAGAAGCGCAAAAUUUAUUCGACGACGACUGCGGCAUGAAAACUGCUAGCCGAUGCUUUUUUGAUAGAGAGAUUGGUGACAAUAAUACGCUUCAAAAGAAUUGUGUACACGUUUGGAAAAUGGUAAUGGCUAGUUUUACUUUGGGCGUGGCUUAUUUUAUUCUAUUUAUGAAAAUAGAGAAAUGCAUUAAAGUUGUGGUGAGGUGUUUGGCAAUUUACGUUGGCAUUGUAAUUUUCGUUUUGUUUUGUGUCGCAUUGUCCUCCAGCGGCACUUGGUACGCAACGAAAAUAACUAUGAAUUGGAGUGAAUUCAACUAUAAACAUUGUUUUUACACGUUCACGCGAGGUGCUCUAUCCUGCGGCACUGGAUGUGGAAUUAUUGGUUUUUUAUCUCGAGAUGUUUCAUUUCGCAGCCCGGCCACAAUGACUUCUGUUACUAUUUCUUUAUUUUCCGUUUUCAUUUCGCUGGUACUCGGUCUUAUAAUUUUCAGCGGAAUAAAGACGAUGUCGUACUAUCACGGCGAGGAGGAAAGUGUAUUGGAAAUGGGUGAAAGCAUGUUUUUCACACCGUUUGCCUCUGUAUCAGAAAUUAUGAGUUAUUUCGAGACUGUAUCUAUUUGGGGAUUUCUAUGGUUUGCGUUAGUAUUUUUCUGUCUUUUUAUGAACUUGUGGAUAUUGAUAUUAUUUCUUAAUGACAUUUUAUAUUAUAAUAUUAAAUUUGCUCAAAAGUACUCAAAUGUUUGUUUAGCUGGAUUAAUAAUUUUGGUAUGUAUAUUAUCUUGUCCGUUCUACUGCUCCGACCUUGCGAGCUCCCUUGCAGAUUCGUCUGAGAUUAUUCAGCUGAUAAGUAGUUUUUUCUUUUCUUUUGCUAUUUAUUGGAUUUACGGAUACAAAAAACAUAAUAUUGAUAUCAUCUUUAUGAUAGGUGUUAAAGCUAGUUGGUUUAGGAAAUUAGGGUGGAUAGUAAACCCUAUCUUACUGGUAUUAAUGCUUUAUAUAAAAGUAAAGAAAUUUAUUACAAAAGAUUAUGAAAAUACCUAUAUAAUAAAAUCAAUUAUGGUGCGCUCAGAUUCAUUGCUAAGUUACAUUUUAGUCACUAUUUACAUAUUAAUUAUUUUUAUUGCACUUUCUAUUGAUAUCCACCGUCAUUAUUUACAGUCUAAUUUGAAGGGAUUGUUUUUCCCAACUGAAAAUUGGGGUCCACGAGAUAAAAUUCUAUUUAGAAGUAGAAAUAUGUUUGUACCAGAAAUUAUGACUAGAGAAUUUUUGUAUCGUCAAGUUAGGAUUCGGGGCUAUGGAAGAAGCAUAAAACCUGCGCAAAAGAAAACUGAUAAGGUAUUAGAAGAAUUUUCAAUCGAUAAAUUGGAAUGGAGUGCCUUAACCUCUAAUUAA